UUUCGGCCGGCCACCUCAGUGUCAGGUCAAGCUAAUAAACAAGCCCCAUGAGUAUUGAGAAAAGGAAGUAGUGGGAGCUCUGUGCAAUCUGUUUGGGGAAUAGACUUUUCUAAUUACCACAAAUUGAGUGGUCACCCAACCUUUGGCCCCUUACCAAGUUUCUACAAGAAAAGUGAUGCCUUUUCCAUCAAUUAUCCCUAAUUAUGGAUUGACAAUCAGCUUUUUGGCCUAUUUAAAGAGCUGUGCAAGACAGCUCCAGUCACCGCUGUGGGCUGAACGCUUGGCUGAAGUUGAAAAGGCUCCUCUCUGAGUCAGCGUCUGUGACGAGACACCAUGGUGUGUCUGACCACGGAUCUGAUUGCUAAAUCUAGCAGCCACCUCAAAAAGAAAAGGAACCACUCCCUCUCAGAAUACCUCAAGACGCUCACACACCUCAAUUUUUCCAACAGGAAUAUUGAGAAUAUUGGUGAUCUCUCCAUGUGUGGAAACCUCACUGUUCUGUACCUGUACGACAAUCACAUCACACACAUCUGCAACCUGGGCUUUGCCUCCAACCUCACCCAUCUGUAUAUGCAGAACAACAACAUUACCUGUAUAGAAAAUCUCUUCAAUUUGCAGAAGCUCUCCAAAUUGUAUCUUGGUGGAAACAGCAUAACAGUGGUGGAGGGUUUGGAUCAGCUCAGCGAGCUUAAGGAACUCCAUCUGGAGAAUCAGAAGCUGGCACCAGGGGAGAAGCUGCUCCUUGACCCCAGGACUCUCCUCUCCCUCGCUGAAUCACUCUGUGUCCUGAAUAUCAAUAACAAUAACAUUGAUGAGAUCAGGGACCUGGCAGUGCUUAAGGAACUCAAGCAUUUCUCUGCUGCUGACAACAAAUUGCAUGAUAUGGAGGAGCUAGAAGAAGUUUUCAGCCACUGGCAUCAGCUACACCAAAUGGAUUUGAGUGGAAAUCCUGUGUGUCAAACAGCCAAGUACAGAGACCGCCUGAUAACUGUGUGCAGGAGACUCGAGGAUCUUGAUGGAAAGGAGAUUAAUGACUUAUCCAGACAGUUCCUUAUCAAUUGGAAAGCAUCAAAAGAGGCCAAGAAGAAAGUGAAGGAUGAACACAUCAUGGCCAGCCAGCUGACUGCCUUUCCCUUAACAACUGACUUAAACACGGCGCAGAGUUCACAGCCUGGAUACGACUACAGCCAGACUAAAGCUCUGCACAGGAAGAAGCCGCUGCCAUCUCUCAGGCCCAGCAUGAGAGUCUGCUCAGACUCAGAGAGGGAAGCAAGAAACUACAGACACCCUACACUCACCCCGUUCUGUUACUGACACACUGAUGUAGCUGUACAUGUUCAGUGUUUGAUAUUAAAUCUAUUUAGUCAUACA